AUUGUAACACCUUGUAUAACAUGGUAUGAUACUAUAGGGAGUUCUUACAGCAUACAAUGUUACAAAAUAUGACAAAUUGUCAAAGGCAUUUCACAGCAUGCAGUAUUACCUGUAAAACCUCUGUUUUUCUAGCUUACGGAUGCGGGGUGCCUUCUUAUCCCCCAAAUGCGAGAGUGGUGAAUGGUGAGAAUGCAGUGCCAUACAGCUGGCCUUGGCAGAUUUCACUGCAAUACCUGAGCGGGGAUGCUUAUUAUCAUACCUGUGGAGGAACCCUCAUUGCCCCAAACUGGGUCAUGACAGCUGCCCACUGCAUCUCAUCCCGUACAUACCGAGUUGUCGCUAGUGAAUAUGACAGGGAUGUGGUUGAGGGCUUUGAACAGAAUAUGGCCGUUGAGAAGAUCAUUGUCCAUGCUGGCUGGAACAGUGCUUGUGUCUCGUGUGGGAAUGAUAUUGCACUGAUCAAACUUGCUAAGUCCAUCACUCUGAAUGAUAAGGUGCAACUAGCCUGUCUUCCAGCAGAUGAUGAAAUCCUUCCCCACGACUACCCAUGUUACAUCACAGGAUGGGGCAGACUUUACACUGGUGGACCUCUUCCUGGAAAACUUCAACAAGCUCUUAUGCCAAAUGUUGAAUAUGCUGUUUGCAGACAGAGUGACUGGUGGGGUUCAAGUGUGAAAAGUACCAUGGUUUGUGCUGGUGGGGACACCAAAGCUGGUUGUAAUGGUGACUCUGGUGGACCUUUGAACUGCAAGGGCUCUGAUAACAGAUGGUACGUUCAUGGAGUAACCAGCUUUGUCUCCUCUCGAGGAUGCAACACUAUUAAAAAGCCAACAGUCUUUACCAGAGUUUCUGCAUUCCUUUCCUGGAUCAACACAAAUAUGGCCAGCAAUUAAUCCAUUGAAGAAACAGAAGCUUACAUCAUUUUUCUCAUGAAUUUAGUGUGGGAACAAAACUAGAAUAUUGAACAAAUGUAUGUCUGAUUUGAAUUUCUGUGUGUCUGUCAACUACACCUAAGUAAU